GUCUGCAAAAACUGGAUACACUCAGUUACCUACAUUACUCAGUACACUUCAUAUUUUAGAAGUUUUUCUGAGGGAUAUUGAUGAUCCAAUAGUCUAGUUUUAUGUCCAGCAAACAGAGUUCAGAAAUAUGGAUAGGGUACUGGGAAAUAUAGGUAAUUUGGUUACCUUGUUUUCGUGGACACGUGGUAUAUAUAUUUAUUAUUUAUAAUUUAUUAACAUUUAGGUGUGCUAAAUUUUGACAUCAAUUUUAAAUUGUGUGAAUCACCAGAUGAAGACCCAUUAGAUUUAUGCGCACCAGUUAACUGUCACAUGAAAUAUCAAGGUUUUAGAAGUGUGUUUGAUGCUUUUAAAAGGCAAUGCAUAUCUAUUCCAAUAUGUAAUAGAAGAUUGAACAAUGAAAAUUCAUCAAAUAUAGUAUAUGACCCUUAUAGCAACAAUUGCAUAGCUUUAACGGAUAAGAUAUCAAUAACUGACAUUGAUAGUAUACUUAAUGAAACAGAAGACAAAAAAAAAAUAAAAAAUAAAAAAAUGAAAUUCCUGUAUCAAUCAAAUAUACGAUGUCACCAUGGCAAGAUGGACGAGAUUAAUAGGUCAUGUAUUUGUGACGACGGUUGGGCCAGUACUCUAAAUUGGAAUUUUCCCAUUGUUUCCACUGUGCCAGUUUAUAUGUGUACGGUUCAAAUUCAAAGUACAAAUAUUCGAAAACUUCUAUUCAAGAUAAAUAACCUCGACUCCAAAAAUUUCGUAUCCUUUAUACAACCUUUAAUAUUAAUUGAGUAA